UUGCCAUGACGACAACCCUAAAGGCUUCCAAUCUGUGAAAUAAAUAACUGUAAAUGUAUUAAUAUCGAAUGUGCAAACAUUUCAGUUCAAGGAAUAAUUUGAAAAAACAAAUGCCAAAAGUCUUUCUCCGAUUCUGUGAGGGAUUAUAAUUCCGAAACUUUAUAUACUUUGCUUACAUGACCAUCAAUACUGCUCGAUGCUAUACGUGCAGAGGCAGAUCUGCAUGUUCAGCUAAGUUGUUCUAGUCAACAUCUUGCUGAUUUAUACAAAUUUUGGUGUGUAUGUAAGUAAACGUGGGCUGGUGCUUUGACUUUUCUCCUGGAAGUUGGCUUCAUGCGUUGCACAUAGCGUACAACUAUAAAGUUUAGAGGGGUCCGACCGGAAAUGCGCCCUGACCACGCCUGGGGUAGUGAGGCGGCAUGGAGGCCAUGGGCCGCUGUAGCUGCAUUUGUAGCAGUUGCGACUUUCGCUAAUGUCACCACAGGCGUCAUGGGGACUUCCUCAUCCGCGACGAACAAAACAAUGAUCGUCAGCCAACGAGCUGUCUCUGGACCAUGUGUUAACAGUGGAGGGGUUGUUGUUAGUGACCUGGCGGAGUGGAGUACAGGGUGCAACAAAAUCGUUUGUCACGUGCAGCUGACCGGUAACUUCACCGUCACCCAUGGGUGCCCAGGGUAUGAACCGUCACAGAACCCGGACAGUCAGAACUGCCAGUAUAUACAGCACGACAGUCUGCCCUAUCCAGAUUGCUGUCCCACCCUGAAAUGCGGGGUCGCCUCACUUCUGACCACCCUGGCUUCUUCAGCGUGUGUUGACUUGCAUACCCCACGAGUGUGUCAGAUAUGGGCCUCCAUGACCAACAACUGCACCGACACAACAGCGCCGGCCUAUAAUUUUGCGGUCGCUUUUUGCAACAGCACGUGCAGAUUGUGCUGAGUUGUCCGACAGUUGGAGGAGUUCCUUGUGAACUCUGAAGAGAUCUUAUUCUUCUACUUCACGAAUUUAUAUUUCUUGAUGAAAACAUGGUUAAACAUUUAUUAUUCGUAUUAAAGGGAUAUUUUUAAA